CAUGGCGCUCUGUUCAUUUCUAAGCUCUCGUGGUCAUGAUUUUUGUCGUCUAAUUGUGCCCGUGUUUGCAUUGUGACUUGUUUCUAUAUACAUCUCUAUAUCAAUACAAGCGCUUCCAUCAGGCUGGUCCGUGAUCUGGCCCUCGUCUCUCCUACCUAUUAGCCUGAUUCCUGUUGAUACUCGUGCCGAGAUUUGAGAUUUGUCUUCCUUGCAGAUACUUAUGACCUCGCCGGCAUACUCCUUCCACUCGCGCCCCCUUUUCAGCGCUUGACAUUGGAGUUCAGACCCGGCCUUGAUUUCACAAUGCAGGCCUCAUUUCCGAACAUCAUAAACCAGCCGGAGCGAAGCGAGUUGGGGGGUCCUCCUCCCGCCGUAAUCCAGCAGUACGCAAGGUAUCCACCUUCCAUGGAGCCUGGCUUGCAAAGUGCUUCCUCUCUAGGGAGCACUCGUUCCCAGCUAGCCACGUCCAAAUCCCCUCCGCUGCAUCGCAAAGCAACCCCUCGCAGUUUGCAGUCAUCACCCACACAUCCCCGACCAGCUGUGCCUCCUGCUCCCCCAGCGCGUGCAGGACCCUCGAUGUCUCCUCCAGUUUUUGAUUCCUUGCGUCCGAGACAGCCGCGAGAUUCGAUAAACCAACCGGAAACACGAUCUCUUCCUCCCCGUGACAUAACAGACGAGACGAUUGACGAUGCCUACAUCAUGUUUAUAUUCUACUGCAACCCAAAUGUGCCUUUGUCUGUGGACUCUACGGAACUGCGCAAAACUUUCCGAACUCCUCCUCGUAGUGAUGGAAAGAGCUUCAGUAUCUUCGCGCUCUGGGAGCUACUCAAGAAGCUCGACAGCAAGGAAUUAAAAACAUGGAUUCAGCUUGCGAUUGAGUUGGGAGUCGAACCUCCUGAUAUGGAAAAGAAACAAAGCACACAGAAGGUUCAACAGUAUGCAGUUCGUCUCAAGCGAUGGAUGCGCGCAAUGCAUGUGGAUGCCUUUUUCGAAUACUGUCUAGGCCAUCAACAUUCUUAUUACACCCAACUCCCGGCCAACAAUUCUGUUGUCAGUGAUAGUCGUGAUGGGGUUCCACUGGAGGAAGAUCUUGCGCUCCGCGCCCUUGUCCCUCAGUGGAAGCCAAAAAGGGGGAGAAAGAGGGCGGAUGAAAAAGAUAAUGCAAGCGAUAGAGCGAUCAAGAGACCGCAAUUGGAUACUUCACUAGGCGUCUUGCAAGUGGGUCCGUUUCCAACCCAUUCUGCAUUCCCCCAAAGCGCCAUUCCUUUCAGUGCAUUCCCAGACGACAUGGAGUCUAGCGAUCCGUGGAUAGCUACAUCAUCUUAUCCAGCGGAUGCCAAUGUAACCCAACAAGGCCAAGAUCUGAGGUGGAAAAACCUUGGUCGUGGCGCUUCCCCUUCCGGGUAUCCACAAUCUGCCGUCAUUACUAGAGGGCACCCUCCAUCGGAUGUUUUUCUCUCAUCCACUGAACCACGGUCUGCAGUUACACCAUCUUCAGGAGAGAAGACUCGUUCCAGAAGGCGGCAUGGUCCUGCUGUCUCAUCUGCCUGGCCUAACACCAAUACAUCAUCUACCGGAAAGAUGCGCGGUAGGCCACCGAACAGAGGAACAGUAUCCGGGCCUUUCUCGUCCUUCCCUGUGAAUCCGAACCGCUCGGAUCCAUCGCACAUCCAUAGUACUGGGGUCAGACCCUCACCUACUAUUAUACUCGAACAAGAUCCCAGAUCCCAGUGCCAUCAGUCACCUACCCCCAUCAAUGCCGGAGUAAGGCCGAACAAGCUUCAACUACAAGUUCCGCAUCACUCUAGCGCCCCAGUACGACUAGCAACCCCACCGACAUUAAUGUUUAAUGGAGCAAGUACCCAGCGGAAUGGCGCGGGGGGGGGUCUUCAAACAGAAGCGCCUUCUAGGACGGCUAUCAGCAAUGCCUUAUCAAAUGUCACUCACAGUGGCGCUUCCAAUGCAACCAUUACAUUCGAGGAUGUAGUACGAGUCCUUUCGGGUGAACUACUGCGGGGGCAUGUUAUCGGUCGCCAGGCUCCUUUAAAUUCGGAAGAGGCACGGACAAUAGCUUCGUCUGUGGUAACUAACCUGACUACCCUAUAUUCCAAGUUACCUUUCGGGACUUCGGCCCUGAUGUCGGCAUUACACCUUGGACUAGGACCCCAUUUUGGCUAUCCUGGUGUCAUUCAUAGUGCAUUCACGGUCAAUAUUGAACGGAGAGCUGCCCCGCCUCCUGUCUGCGGGUUGCCCCUCCUUGAUGGAAGCUCCUUGUACAGCAUCUCUCAUGAAUACAGACAUGCGUCACACUUUUCUACAAAAGUCGUAUGGGACAAUAUAAGCAUCGGGAAGGCUGAUGUCCAUGGCUCCCUGGCAAUUGGCAAAUUGAAUAAUAUGCCCAGGCAACCGGACGAGCUAGACAACAGUGUUGUGGAAUUAGACAGCUUAAGUGAUGCCGAGUUCGAGGUGGACGGUGCCGACAGUACUGUGUCUGAGACAUCUUGGAAGCAACGUUAUAUGAAGCUCCGAUCGCAGAUGCAGAAGAAGGAGCGAGCUUUAUCUCAGUAUAAGCGGAAGAUCUUAGAGUCGGUCAUGACUGAUAUCUAAAGCCAACCUGCGGCAACACACAUUUCAGCUUGGAAGACGAGUUUCCAUAUCUAUUCUGUAAUUUGCUAAAAAAAAAUAUUUUUAGCAUUCUCUUCAGUUUUGGAAUACCCCUGCGCUUGUUUUGGUUUAUUUUGAGUCCAGGAUAUCCCCUUUAUCUUUUCGGUUUUGUUUCAUUUACAGAUACCCUCUAAGCAGAUUUAUCUUAUUGUAUGUAACAUUCGGGUACAUGCGACGUGCCAUGUCUUUUUUUCCUAGUAGUGCCUAUUUUCCUGUUGAUAAUAGAGUCAUCUUGAAGAUAUCCAUC